AUGGCGGAUUAUUUUGUUGAGGACCCGAAAUACAUUGAUGAUAUUUUUCGUCAUAGGUUCCAUAUGUCAAAACGUUUGUUUCUAAAAAGUGUGAGCGACGUGGAAGCGAAUAACCCGUGGCUUGAAGAGGGCGUGGAUGCGAGAAUAAAGAAGGGUUUUACACCAUUGCAAAAAGUUACAUCGGCUAUUAAACAACUUGCAACUGGUAACCUUCCAGACGAGAACGACUGGUAUUUACAUGUGGGCGAAAUGAUUUCCUGCGAGUAUCUAGAAUAUUUCAGCGAAGCUCCCAAGUUCUUACGUAGACCAACAAGCCACGAUAUGACGCUUUUGUAUCAAGCUCAUGAGAAGAAACAUCACCUUCCUGGUAUGGUCAGUAGCCUUGAUUGCACCCAUUUUGUUUGGAGAAUGUGUCCCACAGAGUUUCGGGGCCAAUAUAUGAGAGGAGAUCACCAAUACCCGACAGUUAUGCUCGAAGCGAUGGCCUUUCAAGAUUUAUGGGUUUGGCAUGCUUUUUGCGGUUCUCCAGGUGCACAAAACGAUAUCAGGGUGCUUCAUCAAUCUCCAUUAUUUCUUACCGAACGAAAUGGAACUGCGCCAAAAUGUCCAUUUUACGUUAAUAACCACUUAUACAAGCGUGGUUACUAUCUCGUGGAUGGAAUCUACCCUACAUGGUCCGUGUUUGUCAUAUCAUUUCCAUAUCCUUUCUUACUAAACGAAAAGAAGUCCAAGAAGCAACACGGGGUGGUAAGAAAAGACGUGAACCGGACUUUUGGUGUUUUGAAGUCAAAAUGGGGUAUAAUGAAUCGGCCAAUGCGUGCUAAGGGUGUGAAAAAAUUAGGUGCACUUAAAUCAUUUAAGGAUUCUGCAGGUACACUUGAAUCUAUUGAGAAUGCCAAAUUCUUAUAUGUUCUAAAAUUAUUAAUGGGGGCCAAAUUCUUACAAGUUGGGAUCGUUAGAGAGAAUUUUUAG